AUGCUGAGACUGCGCAUCACGUUCAUCUACCUUUUGUGGGGGGUGAAAACAGGUGCUGAGGAGCCAUGUCCUGCAUUCACCAGCCUCAGCCUGGGCAGCGCUUUCAUAGGGACAGACCUGCACGUGAAGCUAAUGCUCUACACCAGGCAGAACCCACACUGUGCCGAACUGCUCAACUCAACAGCCUCCAAGUAUCUAGAUGUAACCAAGAAAACCACCUUCAUUAUCCAUGGAUUCCGCCUCACGGGCUCUCCCCCGCUCUGGAUCCCCGACUUGGUCCAUCUCCUGCUGUCUGCGGAAGACAUGAACAUCGUCCUUGUGGACUGGAACCGAGGGGCAACAACUCUCAUAUACAGCAAUGCUUCCAGAAACUGCAGGAAAGUUGCUGAGAUUCUGAAGAGACUUAUCGAUGAAAUGUUGAUUGCGGGAGCAUCCCUGGACUCCUUCCACCUGCUAGGGGUAAGCCUGGGAGCGCACAUAUCUGGCUUCGUGGGCCAGCUGUAUGAGGGCAAACUCGGCCGAAUCACCGGCCUCGACCCGGCGGGCCCUUUGUACAGAGGGAAGCUGCCCAGUGAGAGGUUAGACCCUGGGGACGCGCAGUUUGUUGAUGUCAUUCAUUCGGACACCGAUGGACUAGGUUACGGAGAAGCCCUAGGCCACGUAGACUUCUACCCCAACGGCGGCACUGACCAGCCAGGCUGUCCGCAGACAAUAUUUUCUGGAUUGCAGUAUUUCAAAUGUGACCACCAGAGGUCUGUUUUCUUGUUCAUAUCAUCCCUGAAAAAGAGCUGCAAUAUCACUGCGUACCCGUGCGACUCGUACAGGAAUUACCGGAAGGGCGAAUGCACCAGCUGCAAAACUUACUGGCCUUUGCCGUGCCCCAUCCUCGGUUAUUACGCCGAUAGAUGGAAGAGCUAUUUCACACAACCGAGUCCCUUGGGGACUAGCCUGUUUUUUGACACGGCAGACAAAGAGCCAUUUUGCAUUUAUCACUACUUCUUGGAUAUUGUUACGUGGAACAAAGAUACCAGGAGAGGCACCUUCAGCGUUCUGCUGGCUGAUGAAACAGGGAAGAAAGCAGAAUCUAAAGUCAUUCCAGCAACUGCAGCCUUUCAGCAGUACAACCAAAUCCCUCUGCUAAUUGGUUUUGACCAAGAUCUGGAAAACAUACAGAGAAUUUCCUUGACGUUUUCCACUGGAUCCGUCAUUGGCCCGAAGUUCAAGCUCCGGGUCCUCCGAAUGAGGUUACGAUCGAUUACCAAUCCCGAAAGAGCUCAGCUAUGCAGGUACGACCUGGUGCUGCUGGAGAACACCAGGACAACCUUCCAGCCCAUUCCCUGUGAGGGCGAGCGUUGA